AGGCAUGAUGAGGAGGCUGUGGUAGAUCAAGGUGGAACAAGUUCAAUUCUCAAUAUUCACUAUGAAAAAGAGGAGCUAGAAGGACACAGGACCUUGUAUGUUGGUGUGCGUAUGCCUCUGGGUAGACAAAGCCACCGACACCACAGGACCCAUGGAUCAAAGCACAAGAAGCGAGAGAAAGUGAAAGGUACCGGCCAGGAAGAAGGAAAGGACAAUCUCACUUAUGACACAAAGCCAAGAAGCUUGGCACAAUUGACAACAGGCCUUGGUCCACUCAGUUGCUCAUUUUUGUUGUCCUCCUCAGGUCAAAUGCUGUCCCCACAAUCUCUUCCGACUCAUCUUGAAGCUAAAAAUGGAGUCAACCAAGACAACGUAAAUUUUGAGUCAGGCAAGGUUGACCUCCACUUCAUGAAGAAGAUACCUACCGGAGCUGAAGCCUCUAAUGUCUUGGUUGGCGAGUUAGACUUCCUAAAAAGACCAAUUGUAGCUUUUGUGCGUCUUUCUCCAGCUAUUCUUCUCACAGGACUUACUGAGGUUCCAAUUCCUACCAGAUUCCUUUUCAUUUUGCUGGGACCGGUUGGCAAAGCUCAACAGUACCAUGAGAUUGGCAGGUCUAUGGCCACUAUAAUGACUGAUGAAAUAUUUCAUGAUGUUGCCUACAAAGCCAAGGAUCGGAGCGACCUACUUGCUGGGAUUGAUGAAUUUCUUGAUCAGGUGACUGUUUUGCCCCCAGGUGAAUGGGACCCUUCCAUCCGAAUUGAGCCACCAAAAAAUGUUCCAUCUCAGGAGAAACGGAAGCAGCCUGGCAUCCCAAAUGGUAAUGCUUGCCAUGUUGAGCCUGAGCCACAAGUGGGGCACAGUGGUCCUGAACUGCAGCGCACAGGAAGGCUGUUUGGAGGUUUGAUCCUUGAUGUCAAACGGAAGAUGCCCUGUUUCUGGAGUGAUUUUAGGGAUGCCUUCAGUUUACAGUGUGUGGCAUCCUUCCUGUUCCUGUACUGUGCCUGCAUGUCUCCUGUAAUCACAUUUGGUGGUCUCUUGGGCGAAGCAACAGAAGGACGCAUAAGUGCGAUUGAAUCUCUGUUUGGGGCUUCCAUGACAGGAAUAGCAUACUCUCUGUUUGCUGGACAACCUCUUACUAUUCUGGGCAGCACAGGUCCUGUGCUGGUGUUUGAAAAGAUUUUAUUCAAAUUCUGCAAGGACUACAAUUUAUCCUAUCUGUCCUUGAGAGCGAAUAUUGGACUUUGGACAUCUUUCCUGUGUAUCUUGCUUGUUGCCACUGAUGCAAGCUCUCUUGUUUGUUAUAUAACUCGUUUCACUGAGGAAGCAUUUGCUUCUCUCAUCUGCAUAAUCUUCAUCUAUGAAGCCCUGGAAAAGCUGAUCCAUUUGGGAGAAAUUUAUUCUUUCAACAUGCACACAAAUUUGGACCAACUUACUCAAUACUUCUGUAUAUGUACAGAGCCUCGUAAUCCUGACAACAGAACUCUAGAGUACUGGGAGAAGCACAAUAUUACAAGAUCAUCAGUUCCUUGGGCAAAUCUAACUGUCAGUGACUGUAGGACAUUUCAUGGUGAAUUUGUUGGUCCUUCGUGUGGACACCAUGGACCAUACACCCCAGAUGUCCUCUUCUGGUCUGUUAUACUAUUCUUUUCUACAUUUGCCCUGUCUGGAUUCCUCAAACAAUUUAAAACAAGUCACUAUUUUCCAACAAAGGUACGAUCAAUGAUAAGUGAUUUUGCGGUUUUCCUGACUAUCUUGUCCAUGGUUCUUAUUGACUAUGCCCUGGGAAUUCCAUCACCUAAGCUUCAAGUACCUAGUGUCUUUAAGCCAACAAGAGAUGAUCGUGGGUGGUUAAUUAACCCCAUAGGUCCAAAUCCCUGGUGGACAGUCAUUGCUGCCAUUAUCCCAGCUCUGCUAUGCACUAUUCUUAUUUUCAUGGACCAACAGAUUACUGCUGUUAUUAUAAACAGGAAGGAACACAAGCUGAAGAAAGGAUGUGGCUAUCACCUUGACCUCCUGAUGGUGGCUGUAAUGUUGGGUGUAUGUUCGGUUAUGGGACUCCCCUGGUUUGUAGCUGCAACUGUUCUCUCUAUCUCUCAUGUGAACAGUUUGAAGCUGGAGUCAGAAUGUUCAGCUCCUGGUGAACAGCCAAAGUUCCUUGGCAUUAGAGAACAACGGGUCACUGGUCUCAUGAUCUUUGUCCUUAUGGGGUGCUCUGUCUUUAUGACUGGUUUCUUAAAGUUUAUUCCGAUGCCAGUGCUUUAUGGAGUCUUUCUUUACAUGGGGGUCUCAUCACUGAAAGGAAUUCAGUUCUUUGAUCGUCUGCAACUAUUUGCGAUGCCAGCCAAGCACCAACCAGAUUUUAUCUACCUGCGUCAUGUGCCUCUGCGCAAAGUUCACCUUUUUACACUCAUACAGCUCACCUGUCUGGUCCUGCUAUGGGUCAUCAAAGCCUCACCUGCAGCAAUUGUCUUUCCUAUGAUGGUAUUAGCUCUAGUUUUUGUUAGAAAAUUGAUGGACCUUUGCUUUCUGAAGCGUGAGCUAAGCUGGCUUGAUGAUCUAAUGCCUGAAAGUAAGAAGAAAAAACUGGACGAUGCCAAAAAAGUCAAGGAGGAUGGGAUCGCAUUUUUUUUGGACUGUGGCCUGAAAACAAUGUACACUCCUUUAAAAAAGAAAAAGUACAAAAAGUUAUUUGCAGCUUGAGAAAGCGUGUGGGUUUAACUGAUGCAUAUGCACCAAAGUUACUUUUUGGGAACAUUGUGCUCAGACAAAGCAGUGCCACUGCAUAAGGACAACUCUGCCUAGCGACAGUCUUAUGAUUGGCUUUCCAAUUGGCACCAAUUGUUACAGUUUCAGGAGAGCUCAGCUUAGUUUCAACCUUCUGAUUGGACUGACUUAACCUAGAUCCUGUGAUGAAGAAUGAAAAUAAAAGACAACAAGUUCCAGAGGCUUCCAGGAUCAACACUCCUCUCUCUUUCUGUUCCCUUACUCUGAAAAAUUGCCUUCUCCAACUCUUCAUUAAAAGAGCAAGAAUAAACUACAUUCAGAGUUGCUGAAAAAGAUCAUUCUAAAACCCAAAGACAUUAAGAAAGACCCCAGGUCUGACCAAGCAAUCAAUGAACGAAAGACUGAUCAUUGCUGUGCAAAUAACAAGGCAUUAUUGAAGAAAGGAGAAGGAUUAUGCAACCAACUCAUCGGUUUCUAUGAUUUUGGACUGGUGAUAAAGAUCUGUGUUUCUCUGACAUUUUCCCCCUCCUGUAAUAAUAUUUGUGUUUGCUUUUCUUUGUGCAUCUGUUUGUGGAAAUUUUAA